AUGGCACCAUUCGGCACCCUGUACUCCUACACCCCCAGCCCCCGGGUCAUUAAGACCCAGGCGGCGGCCAACCUGAACGGCCUUGAGCUGGCCAUUCCCGAGUUCGCCAUGGGUCAGACCAACCGGACCGAGGACUUCCUGGCCAAGUUCCCUCUGGGUAAGGUGCCCGCCUUCGAGGCCACCGACGGCACCACCCUGUUCGAGUCCGAUGCCAUCACCCAGUACGUCGCGGAGAGUGGCCCUGCUGCCACCCAGCUGAUGGGCGCCACUCCGGCGGCGCGCGCCUCCAUCCGCCAGUGGAUCUGCUUUGCGCAGGGCGAGAUCCUCGACCCUGUGACCCAGCUGGCCCUGUGGCGCCUCAAGUAUGCCCCGUACAACGAGGCCACCGAGGUCAAGUCCCUGGAGCGCCUGGAGCGCACCCUGGCCUGUAUGGAAACCCACCUCAAGGGCCGUACCUGGUUCGUCGACGGAGACAAGGUCAGCAUGGCCGAUAUCACCGUCGCCUCCUCCCUGGUCUGGGGUUUCUCUCUGGUCAUCGAUGCGGAGAUGCGCGCCAAGUACCCCACGGUCAUCGCCUGGUAUGAGCGCACCAUUGAGCAGGAGGGUAUCAAGCAGGCCUUUGGAGAGAAGAACUUCAUCGAGAAGCGUCAGUCCUACCAGGGCUAG